AGUUCUCCGAACAGUAACACAUCUUCUAAACUGCAAGCUCCUAAAAUGCUGCCAGGACUUACUCUGCUAGUUUCCAUCUGCCUGGUGGCCAGUGCCUCCAAGGUUCCGCGGCUCAUGCUGGACGAUAACUACGUGAAUCGCGUGGUCGGAGGAGAGGAGGCUGCGGAAGGAUCGGCGCCUUACCAAGUUUCGCUGCAAGAAUCAUUCUGGGGUCACAACUGCGGAGGAUCACUGUUGAGUGAUCGCUGGGUCCUUACGGCGGCUCACUGUCUUGUGGGGAGCAAUCCGGAUGAGCUUGAAGUGCUG